AAGACUCUAAAAUCUAUUCGUCCGUUGCGAAUAGUAAUGUUUUAUUUAAAAAUCAUAAAUAAAAUAAAAACGUAAGAAAAAAAAGACCAAGUGAAGACAAAACGGAGCAGAGAAGAAAAGAGUAAAGAGAGAGAGAGAGCGGAGCAGAGUAAAAAGGGAAGAAGAGAGAUGAUGAUUUCUCGGAGACCCGUUUCGAGUCCGGGUCGGGUCGAGAAAUAUCCACCGCCUUUUAUGGGUUUUCUGAGGAGUAAGAGUAACGGCGGCAGUACAAGUAGAAGUAGAAGCCGGAGCAGAGGAAGGUCACGCGCGAGUCCUCUCUUCGUUCGCCGGAAUAAAUCCGCUGCUGCGGUGACUCAAGAACCGUCGUCUCCUAAAGUUACUUGCAUGGGUCAAGUCCGAGUCAAGCGAUCAAAGCCCAAAAUUAAACCCGAAUCUCGAGAUAACCCGACCCGACGACGGUGUAAGUGGAUCCGAGACGCGCCGUUUUAUAACAAACUCGCCGAGAAGAUCAAAACGUUGUCGUUUAGGCCUAAAUGGAGAUUGUUUUCGUUUCCCUGUUCUCGUCAGGCAUCGAAGGAGAAAGAUUCUCCGAUAACCCAAUUAGACCGUCCGGCGACGGAAUCAAUCGAAGAAAUUAAAGAGGAAAUCGAAGAAGAAGAAGAAAAAUUCGAAAUCCCUAAAUUAUUCGUGUCUCCGGCAACAACGCCGCCGUUAAACGCUCUUUUGUUAACGAGAAGCAGAUCUGCACCGUACAGAUCGUCGUCGUUGGCUUAUAGAUUCUGGGAAGAAAACAACCAACGAGAAGCUGAAUUACAACAAAACGUGAUUCCAACCGAGAAAAGCAAUGGUGUUCACGAGUCGGAGAAUGUUGAUAGAGAUAAAGUAGAGAUAACGGAGUUAGAGUUGAUACGGCGGCCGGUGUUGACAAGGAGCAAAUCGGAGCCGGCGAGGAUCGGGGGAGAAGAAGAUGAGGGUGUUGCUUCCGGAUGAAGAAGAAGGUUAGGGGUAGGGUUUAGGGUCUCUCUUCUCUCUCUCCAUCACGUGAUUGAUUAUUUCACUACUAAUUUUUAAUUAAUCGAUUUAAUUGUCAUUGUUUAGGAAUGAAUUGACUUUUGUUUAGAUACAGAGGAAAACAAUUUGUAACUGUAUAGUAACAUAAGGUGUGUAAGUAUGUGUAUUCAAAAAUAUAAAAUGUUUAACAAU